AUGAUGCACAUCAAACUGUUACCACUCAACCAGGACAUUGCCGCUAGGUACAGUAAUCACAAAACACACUACCCCGGCGACUGUGGACUUGACCUGUUCUGCCCCGAAACUAUCACCAUACCCGCACGCAAAACUGUCGAUGUGGCUCUAGGGAUAAAAAUCGCUGCAUACAGGAUACGUGAUGCGGAAGACCGUAAAAAUGAUAACCUAAGGAAUGUAGGAUGGAUACUAGCUCCACGCAGUAGCAUCUCAAGAACACCCUUGAGGGUAUCAAAUUCAAUUGGCAUCAUUGACGCUGCUUAUCGAGGCGAGAUACGUGUUGCUCUUGAUAACAUCAGUGAAGAGCCGUACACCAUCCAACAAGGUGACCGACUGGUACAAGUUGUAUCAUACGACGGUGAAGAGAUUACUUACGAGAUUGUUGAACAACUCGACGCGACUGAACGAGGUGAACGUGGGUUCGGGUCAACUGGAAGAUAA